UAGUCAGUUUAUUCGCAGAACUCCAAACCAAGAAGCCAAAAGCCAACAAAAUCAAAGGUGUAAAUAGGAAGAAGAUGAACCAACAGCGUAAGCGGCAGCUUAAAAACAAAAUAAUCAGUAAAGCACUUCAGCAAGCUCAGCUUCAGACUCUAUUGGAACAUGAAUUGGUCGCGGAAACUCCUAUUGCUGGUGAAUCAUCGAAUCUUAAAGCAGUGGGCAAUACAAACAUCGCAUUACAAAAAUGCAACAUACAAAGACCAAAAGACUUCGCAUUAAUGCCGCCUGAAUUGCAAGAAGACCCGACUAUGUGGAAAUAUUGGAAAAAACGAAAGUACUUUUUCUCCAGGUAUGAUGAGGGCAUCAAAUUAGAUAAAGAGAGCUGGUACAGCGUAACACCGGAACCUAUCGCAAGGCAGAUUGCAGAGAGGCGUCAAUACGAUUUAAUUAUGGAUCCUUUUUGUGGCGCUGGCGGCAAUACUAUUCAAUUCGCAAAAACUUGUGGACUAAAAGUUCUAGCCAUUGACAUAGACUCGAACAAGGUAGAAAUGGCUCGACACAAUUCCACAAUAUAUGGCGUGGAGGAUCGGAUUGAGUUCAUCGUUGGUGAUUUUUUUGAAAUGGCCAAAUUGGCGCCCUUCCUGAAAGCUGACAUGGUCUUUUUAAGCCCACCGUGGGGCGGCCCCAACUAUGUAAAGGAUAAACCCUUUGACAUAGAGACACUAGAACCCCGUCCGGCAACAGAACUGGUGAGAGCGGCUCGAAAAAUCAGCUCUUCAGUCACUUUGUACCUACCCCGAAAUUCUAACAGAGACCAGAUCCAAUCCCUUGCUGACGAAAACGAUAUUGUGGAAAUAAAGGAAAUGAUGGGAGGACGUACGGGACAAGGAAAAAGUUUUCAGGCUUUAGUUGUUUAUUACAUUUUUUGUAAUGAUCCGGUUCCCUCACAGAUGGUGGUUUAAUUUCUGUGAUGCAUAUUUGUUAGUCUGAGCUUAUA